AUGUCUUGUAACGUACUAGGGGCGGUCAAAAUAGAUCGGUCGGGGUGCCCUGGGAUCUGUGGCCCGCAGGCCGCGACCACUGCAACCCUGUCUUUCUCAAGUUUCCGAAACUCAUUUACCUCAAAUGUCAAUUACUUGAAAAGAAGAUUCAGCUCCGGGGAUCUGCAGUCGGAGUGCGAUGAGGGCGAGGUGGACCCGUACACCGGCCGGCCGGCCACCACCAGCCAGCCUAAGCCGCAGCAUCAGAGGCCGGUCUCACAAGUCACUGGCGGCAGCAUCAGCAGUGCUUCUGGUGUGCCGGCGCCUGCACCCAACCCAGCCGGUGGCGACCUCUCCCUUAAUUUGAGGGGAAGCUCUCGAGGCACCUCCGCUCCAUCUUCACCAGCCAAGUCCCGAGAAUCUUUGCUGCAGCGCGUGCAGUCGCUGACCGGUGCCGCAAGAGAUCAGGGCGCUAAUUUAUUAGGUAGUGUAACAUCCGUGGCUUCUGUGGGUCGAGGCUACAAUCGGGACCGCUGCGUAACUCUUCUAGUGGUGGACGACCAGAACACCGACUGGUCCAAAUAUUUCAGGGGUCGACGGCUGCCUGGCGAGUGGGACAUUCGCGUCGAACAAGCCGAGUUCAAGGAAUUAUCCGUAACAGCAAACUCCGAUGGUGCUAAUGUAUCCAUGGCUGUAUAUCGAAGUGGAACCAAAGUGACACGAUGCUUCAAGCCAGAUUUCGUGCUUGUGAGACAAAACGUAAGGGACGCCGGAGCCGACCACCGCGCUCUUCUGUUGGGCUUGAAGUUUGGCGGGGUGCCAUCCAUCAAUAGUCUCAACUCUAUCUACCACUUCCAGGAUCGGCCAUGGGUGUUCGGUCACCUUCUACAACUACAGCGACGUCUUGGAAGAGAAAACUUUCCUCUGAUAGAGCAGACCUACUACCACAAUUACACUGACAUGGUAACAGCGAAGUUCCCGGUGGUACUCAAGAUUGGGCACGCGCACAGCGGUGUAGCCAAGGUGAAAGUGGACUCCUUGGCCGACUUCCAGGAUAUUACGGGUGUGGUCGCUAUGCUGGGAACUUACUGCACUGUGGAGCCAUAUAUCGACGCCAAGUACGACAUCCAUAUACAAAAGAUCGGUACUAGCUACAAAGCUUUUAUGCGCAAAUCUAUAUCAGGAAAUUGGAAAACCAAUCAAGGAUCGGCCAUGCUUGAAGCUAUCGGAAUGAACGACAGAUAUAAAAUGUGGAUAGAUGAGGUGAGCGAAAUAUUCGGUGGAUUGGAAGUAUGCGCUUUAGAACUGGUAGUGGGAAAAGACGGCCGCGAGCACAUCAUAGAACUGAACGACUCUGCUACUUCGUUCAUGGGUGAUACUCAAGAGGAAGAUCGACGCUAUCUAGCGGAACUUGUCCUGCAGCGUAUGCAGUCUGUGUGCCGUCCCGGAAUAACGAAGACGGUUUCCCGAAGCUCGGUAUCAGGCAGUGGCGCAGCAUCGCCCGAAGAACGCUCUGCCAGCGCAGGACCGCCUAGCGUGCCACCACCUGCCCCUCUCGCCACUGCUGCCAGCAUUGACCGCCCUCUGCCACCUAUACCAGCAGAACCCGCCCAGCCACCACCACCACCUUUGGCCAGGCGAGACUCGCAAGUGUCACAAUCAUCAACCGUGUCGUCAGUGUCUGCGGCACCGAGCACUGCAAGCAGCACGGCACAAGGCGUACCCCCUGCUCAGGCUUCCACUUCAGCAAGUGGCCGUGGGGGCUUCGCCCGCCAGGGCUCCCUGAGCGCUGCGCUCACUGAAGAUGCUGAAGACACCAUGAAGAACCUUAGGAAAACAUUCGCAGGCAUAUUUGGCGACAUGUAA